ACACUUUACACAGUUCAGUCAACAUUUUUGCAGGGUCAAAUUGCAUUGUUAUGGGGAAAACACAUCCAUUUAAGGCACGUGGGAUGUGGCCCUUAAAGAUCUGCUUCUCAUUCAGUGAAGCUCCUCCCACAACAAUCACAUCUUCAGUGAAGCUCCUCCCACUGCAUUUCAGCAAUAAAUGCUGGAAUAUUCCCAUCAGUCUACAAGUGAAGACGAGCACAAAGCAUCAGGAAGAAGUGAAAUCUGCACAGACAGAGUUUAUUGAAGGACAGUGAGAACAUGAGAGAUCCAGAACCUGCAGAAUGAAACACACUGAAGAACAAACAGAUCUGCUUCUCAUUCAGUGAAGCUCCUCCCACAACAAUCACAUCUUCAGUGAAGCUCCUCCCACUGCAUUUCAGCAAUAAAUGCUGGAAUAUUCCCAUCAGUCUACAAGUGAAGACCAGCACAAAGCAUCAGGAAGAAGUGAAAUCUAGUUUAUUGAAGAACAGUGAGAACAUGAGAGAUCCAGAACCUGCAGAAUGAAACACACUGAAGAACAAACAGAUAUUAUGGAGGAGAAACAUCAUCAUGUCAAAACUGGAAAGAAAAUUUGCUCACAGACUGAAAGAGUUUCUUUACUGAAAAGAGACAAGAAAAAUUUCACCUGCACUCAGUGUGGAAAGAGUUUGACAUGCAAACAUAGUCUUAACAGACACAUGAUGAUCCACACUGGAGAGAAACCAUUCACAUGUGAUCAGUGCGGGAAGAGUUUCACAGAAUCAUCAUCCCUUAAAACACACAUGAACAUCCACACUGGAGAGAAACUGCAUGAAUGUGAUCAGUGUGGAAAAACAUUUUCGACGGCUUCAUACCUGAAGAGGCACCUGAAAGUUCAUUCAGAGAAGGAGCAUCAUUCAUGUUCUUUAUGUGAAAAGAGUUUUUUGCAUCUGAAAAGUUUAACACUGCAUCAGAAUAUACACACUGGUGUGAGAGAUCAUUUGUGCUUUGAGUGUGAGAAGACUUUUACUACAGCUCAUCAACUGAAACUUCACCAGAGGAUCCACACUGGAGAAAAACCCUACACAUGUGAUCAAUGUGGGAAGAGUUUCUCAUUUAAAGGAAACUUCAUAGUGCAUGUAAGAGUUCAUACUGGAGAAAAACCUUACAAGUGUUCACACUGCGACAAGAGAUACAUUCAGGCAGAAAACCUCAAAACACAUGAGAGGAUCCACACUGGAGAGAAACCGUUCACAUGUGAUCAGUGCGGGAAGAGUUUCAGACAAAAAUCACACCUUAAGGAACACAUAAAAAUCUACUAUGGGAAGAAUCACCACAAAUGA